AUGGACACUCGGGUGAUAGGAUACGUUAGAGGACUGAUGCCUCCCGACGCGCCGAAUGUCGCACAUCGUCCAUCGGUUCGACGACUUUACAUCAAUCGAGAUCAACAGCACAAAUUUCGAAACAAUGUGAUCAGCACAUGCAAGUACAGCAUUCUCUCAUUUUUCCCGCGAUUUCUCUAUGAGCAAUUUCGUCGCUACUCAAACAUUUUCUUUCUUUGCAUUGUUCUGCUUCAGCAAAUUCAUGGAAUUUCACCGACCGGUCGCUACACAACUCUUGUGCCAUUUGUCAUCAUUUUGUCGAUCUCAGCUCUUAAAGAAAUUUUUGAAGAUAUUAAACGUCGAGCUUCAGACACUAAGGUCAACAAUUUUCCAACUUGUGCAUUAAAGGGUGGACAAUUUGAGCAAAUCAAAUGGAAAGAGGUUCGUGUUGGAGAAAUUCUGAGGGUAAACUGCGAUCAAUUAUUUCCCGCCGAUCUCCUUUUACUAACAUCGAGUGAGACACAGGGAAUGGCCUACAUCGAAACGAGUAAUCUUGACGGGGAAACGAAUCUCAAAAUCAAACAGGCUCUACCAAUCACAGCCGAGAUGACCUCGUCAAACGAGGUGCAAAAGCUGAGUGGGGCUGAGAUCGAAUGUGAGCUCCCGUCUAGAAAUGUUAACGAGUUUUCGGGAAAUCUCAUCUAUCAGGAACAGAUUAAACAUUUCGGCAUGGAACAACUUCUGCUUCGUGGUGCUCGUCUAAAGAACACUGGAUGGAUUUAUGGAGCCGUCAUCUAUACUGGACACGAUUCAAAACUUCUAAUGAACAGCAAAAGAGCUCCCUUGAAGAGUGGAACAAUUGAUCGAAUGACAAAUCGACGAAUCAUUGUUCUCUUUGGAGUCCUCGUUACAUUAGCUCUUCUCUCAGCUGCUGGACAAGAGAUUUGGAACGCAAAUAACUGGGAUCAAGCAUGGUAUUUAAACAAAUUGAACAGCAGUCCAGCAAUUCUGUCAUGGUUUCCUUUUGGAAUGAACGCAAUCACUUUUUUCAUUCUCUACAAUAAUCUCAUUCCAAUCUCUCUUCAAGUCACACUCGAGAUGGUGCGAUUCUUUCAGGCUUAUUUCAUUAAUUGGGAUAUUCAAAUGUACGAUGAAAGAACUGAUUCGCGAGCAAUUGCCCGCACUAGCAAUUUGAAUGAAGAAUUGGGAUUGGUAAAAUUUGUGAUGUCCGACAAAACUGGCACUCUGACACGAAAUGUAAUGAAGUUCAAAAGAUGCACAGUUGGAAGCAAAAUGUAUGGCGAGAGUACGGGCGAAGAAUUCCACGAUGAGCAUUUAAUUGAAGAUGCUCGAAAAGAAACUGCUGAAGGGAAAGAUAUCCGCGAACUAUUGACAAUGAUGGCUGUAUGUCAUACGGUUGUCCCUGAGAAGAAAGAUGAUGAGAUUCUCUAUCAAUCCUCAUCUCCCGAUGAAGGAGCACUUGUUCGAGGAGCCGCCUCUCAAAAUGUUGUCUUCCACACACGUCAGCCACAAAAAAGUUGUGAUCAAUCUGUU